CGGAAGUUCCGAGUCUGGUGGGGGCGGUGGGAGCGAUGAGGGGACUGAGACGCUGAUAGCGAUUGUGUAAAGAUGGAGUUUCCCGGAGGAAAUGACAAUUACCUGACGAUCACAGGGCCUUCGCACCCCUUCCUGUCCGGGGCCGAGACAUUCCAUACACCAAGCUUGGGUGAUGAGGAAUUUGAAAUCCCACCUAUCUCCUUGGAUUCUGACCCCUCACUGGCUGUCUCAGAUGUGGUUGGCCACUUUGAUGACCUGGCAGACCCUUCUUCCUCACAGGAUGGCAGCUUUUCAGCCCAAUAUGGGGUCCAAACAUUGGACAUGCCUGUGGGCAUGACCCAUGGCUUGAUGGAGCAGGGCGGGGGGCUCCUGAGUGGGGGCUUGACCAUGGACUUGGACCAUUCUAUAGGAACUCAGUACAGCGCCAACCCACCUGUUACAAUUGAUGUACCAAUGACAGACAUGACAUCUGGCUUGAUGGGGCAUAGCCAGUUGACCACCAUUGACCAGUCAGAAUUGAGUUCUCAACUUGGUUUGAGCUUAGGGGGUGGCACCAUCCUGCCACCUGCCCAGUCACCUGAGGAUCGUCUUUCAACAACCCCUUCACCUACUAGUUCACUUCAUGAGGAUGGUGUUGAGGAUUUCCGGAGGCAACUUCCCAGCCAGAAGACAGUUGUAGUGGAAGCAGGAAAAAAGCAGAAGGCUCCAAAGAAGAGAAAGAAGAAAGAUCCUAAUGAGCCUCAGAAACCAGUUUCAGCAUAUGCGUUAUUCUUCCGUGAUACACAGGCUGCCAUCAAGGGACAGAAUCCCAAUGCCACUUUUGGGGAGGUUUCAAAAAUUGUGGCCUCCAUGUGGGACAGUCUUGGAGAAGAGCAAAAACAGGUGUAUAAGAGGAAAACUGAAGCUGCUAAGAAAGAGUAUCUGAAGGCUCUGGCUGCUUAUAAAGACAACCAAGAGUGUCAGGCCACGGUGGAGACAGUAGAAUUGGAUCCAGUGCCAGCACCCCAGACUCCUUCUCCACCUCCUAUGGCUACCGUUAACCCAGCAUCUCCAGCACCAGCCUCAACAGAGCCCCCUGCCCUGUCGCCCUCCAUUGUUGUUAACUCCACUCUUUCAUCCUAUGUGGCAAAUCAGGCAUCUUCUGGGGCUGGGGGUCAGCCCAAUAUCACCAAAUUGAUUAUUACCAAACAGAUGUUACCCUCUUCUAUUACCAUGUCCCAAGGAGGGAUGGUUACCGUUAUCCCAGCCACAGUGGUGACCUCCCGGGGGCUCCAGCUAGGCCAAACCAGUACAGCUACUAUCCAACCCAGUCAACAAGCCCAGAUAGUCACUCGGUCAGUGUUGCAAGCAGCAGCAGCAGCUGCUGCUUCUAUGCAGCUGCCUCCACCCCGACUACAGCCGCCUCCAUUACAACAGAUGCCUCAGCCCCCAACUCAGCAGCAAGUGACCAUACUGCAGCAGCCUCCCCCACUCCAGGCUAUGCAACAGCCUCCACCUCAGAAAGUUCGAAUCAAUUUACAGCAACAGCCACCUCCUCUGCAGAUCAAGAAUAUGCCUCCACCCACUCUGAAAAUGCAGGCGACCUUAGUCCCACCAGCUGUGGAAAGUAGUCCUGAACGGCCUCUGAACAGUAGUCCUGAGACCCACACAGUGGAGACAACCUCUCCUGAGAUCAUCUGUGAGAUGAUUACAGAUGUAGUUCCUGAGGUUGAAUCUCCACAGAUGGAUGUUCAGUUGGUGAGUGGCUCUCCUAUGACACUGUCACCCCAGCCUCGAUGUGUAAGGUCAGGUUGUGAGAAUCCUCCUGUUGUGAGCAAGGACUGGGACAAUGAGUACUGCAGCAAUGAGUGUGUGGUGAAGCACUGCAGGGAUGUAUUCUUGGCCUGGGUAGCCUCCAGAAAUUCAAACACAGUUGUGUUUGUGAAAUAGUCCUUAUUCUCCAAGCCAGUGAAGACUUUUCUGCGGGGAAAACAUCCAAGAACCUGUUUCUGAAACACAAUCUGGGCUUCUGGUGGUCCCUGAUCUUAACCUACAAAGGCCCUUCAUGCUUCUCCUUUUUUCUCUUUUUUCAGCAGGGGCCAGGCUAUGAAGCAGGGCCAUUGAGUUUGCUGUAAUCUGGAACUGCUUUUUACUUUCAAGUACAAGCAGAGAUACCAGUGAUAAUAGCAGAGGAAAGGGUGAAUGGAAUAUGGACAAGCAGAAAAUAGGGAUGGCAGGGGUGGUGGUAGGGGCUGUUUGAGGAAACUUGUUCAUAUAAUUCUUAUAGGACUUGUCUAAAAGAUUAUUAAAAUGAUGGGAGAGAGUACUCAGCCUUGAGCCUAGGAGAAAACACCAUUGUGCGUAUUCAUUUUAAAGAGAAUGAGAGGUUGCCUUCCAGUGUCAACACAGGGAAUUAUUACUAUGACAUCUACACAUUGCUUUGAAAGCAAAGGUUUUCAGCACACUUUUUUUCCAGCAUAGUAGGCACUCUGGGCUGGGGAAAAUAACAUCACCCAAGGGUUUAUUUCUCUUUACAAAUAAUAUUGUUUCUGUCUUUAUCAUCCUUCCAUAUCUGAGUUACCAUAAUUUAGUAAAGUAUAAGAUGAAGAAUCUUACAUCCUUCAAUUAAUAUAAGAGGUUUCACCAAAGUUGAAAGUAAUUGUAUUCACUGUGUUUGAUAAACUAUCUUUUAAAAGAUAGGUCAGAUAUUUACUAUAUGUAAAGAUACUUAUUUAUAUAGGGUAAUUCUCUGCAUAUCUUAGGCACUUACUUAAUAAGUGCUUAUUUCAUUUUUCUUGGAACUAAGCUAAAGAAUAAUAGACUAGUAAAGCACAUAGUUGGAACAGAAUAAUCAAACAUUAGAACAUGAUAGCCCUAGUGAUGACAGCCUUAAUUAAAAUGCAUAUUGUACCUUGAGAAAUAGCCUAGAGAACCCCCUUAAUUACAACGGUCAGUACUAAUUGCUAAUCACUUUGAUCCUAUACAGUUCCAUUUUACAAGUAACAUUUAAUGUUUUAUGUGCAUUCAUUUAGUUUGAACCCACACAAAACCUGAUGAGAUAGGUAAUAUUCCCAUUUUACAUAAGAGAAAUCAUAUACCAUCAAGUGGCAGAGCCAGGAUUUGAUCCUGAAGUUCCAACUGCAAUACAAACUUUUAUUUAAAUAAAGAAAAAAGCUAUAAUUGUACAAAUAAUACUCUUCAGGUAUAACCUGCAGAGUCAUGGCUGUGGAUGCCUAGCUCUAUAAGGAAGUGCUUCUAUAGAUUCUUAGGUUUAGAGAUGAUACCAUCUGGAUAUCUUUGCUUGAACCGGGCAACCACAUCUGGGUCUAGCAGGUGGAUCCCAUCUAGUUGGUUUCCAAGGGUGAUCCUAAUACAAGAGGGGAAAGGGAGAAAUCAGAAAUCCUGGAGUUAAAGGACUUAAUAUUGUUAGAACAUGCAUUCCCUUUAUUAAAACUGCCCAUCAUUACAUAGAAUAUUCAUGCCAAUUCUAAGACCUUAACAUUAGAAAAUAAGAUAGUGAAGCUGAUUAGGAAUUAGGCAUAGACUCUGGAGCUAAAAUAGACUGGAUCUAUAUAACCUAGGGGUUUGUAAUUGAUGGCCAGCCAGGCCUACUUCACAAAAUUGCUGCUGGAUAAGUAAAAUGCUGGAAGCCUGUUUUCUAAGCUCUAUUAAAGAGGUGGAAAAUGGA